AGAGUGGCAACGACGAUCCCCUUCCUGUACACCAAGCCCAAGCGACGGUCACAACUGGUUGAUUGAAAUUCGCAGAUGGAUUACGAAACAUCAAAUUUUGGGAUUGGGGUUGGGUUUGGAUUUGUAAUGCCUGCGAUCAUCAUCACCGCUGUUCAGAUGGGCUGGCACUUGCGCCUUCACGUUUUCCUGACACCUUUUGCUAUCAAAUGUUCGCCUCAAAAUUAGCAACCUUGACCCGGAAUCCGCCCCGACUGCUGAAUCUGCCGUCACUGGCUCGGAGCAGCGCUCUGCUGAAUGCAAAGAGCACACUCGCAGUCGCUCGUAACCUGCACAGCCUGUCGAGACAGCGACCAUCAGCGCUUUCGCAGAAUAUUGCGCUGCAAAGUGCUACUCCUCGUGGACAGCAGUGGCGUGGGGCUCGCUGGGAUCGGUACACUAAUGCCGAUUAUGGAUCCAAGCGUGGCAGCAGCUAUGGCAGCAAUCCGAACCCAGGCGGCUUCUUUUCGCGACUGUCGCCUGAAGCCCUCGUCUAUUCAAUCAUUGGCGCAAACGGUGUAGUGUUCUUGGUAUGGAGCUCUGCACAGCAGCGGCAAAAAAGCUUUGGCGAUACCAAGCUGCUGAGGUGGAUGGUGGACAACUUUAGCGCGACAUACAUCAACCUGACAUCGGGCCGGGUGUGGACGCUGUUAACGCCGGCAUUCUCACAUAUAGAGCCCAUGCACUUGAUGGUGAAUAUGUUUAUGCUGUACACGUUUGGCACCGAUAUGGCACGGCUGCUAGGGCCGAAACGCUUCCUGAUGUUCUACCUGGGAGCAGCAGCAUUCGGAAACCUGCUGAGCGAUUUGAUCCGCGGUAUCUACCUGCCGGCCAAGACCGGCAACUACAGAACGGCAGCUCAACCGGCGAUUGGCGCAUCGACCUCGGUAGUUGGAACCACAACACUAUUUGCGUGCCUCUACCCGCAUGCUACGCUACAGCUCUUCUUCAUUGUGCCUGUGCCGGCAUGGCUUGCAACUGCUGGCUUUAUCGGCUGGGAUGUCUACCGUGUCAUGCGCUCGGAUCGCACCAGGGUCGAUGGUGCAGGCCAUCUUGGCGGUGCUGCUGCUGCUCUUGGAUACUACUGGUUCCGUCUGCGUCCGCUCAUUAGAAGGAUGCGCUAGACAUGACUGCAUUCAUUAGAGUUGUACUGCCCUUUUCUGACAGCAGAGAGUAGCCUUGGUUGUAUGAUGAGCCUCCAGUACCGAUUUGGAGUCUAGUCGACUAGGCACAGACUAGCCUCUUCGUAUGUAGCAUAUGUGGUAUAUAUACCGUGUGCCAGUCGGCCCGGUCCCAAUGAUAGCCAUGCUCCGCUAGUCCUCCAUUUUAAAUGCUGUCCUCUACCCCGGCUGCGUGUUGGGUCUGGGUUGUUGGUGCAAUGGCCAAGUGGUGGGCGAUAUAAAAGUUAGGAUAAAAGGCAGUAAAUAAAAGGCAACAUGUGCCAAGCACUAAUACUGCAGUGCAGGUGCAUGGCAAAAUCAUUCUUCACAUGGGCAAUGCCUUGAAUUCCAACUUACAAUUGCAGUCAACGUCUCAGCGCCAUUCCCACCCGACCGUGGCCAUGCGAAAACAGAACAAUGCUCUGCUGCAUUUUGGACAGGUAC